UUUUAUCAUUCAUUAUUUGGUAAAAUAUUUUGAUAUCAUGCAAAGUUUAUUUGGGUAAAUUUACAUAUAUUUUCUUUUCUUCCCUUCCCUCAAUUAGUACUCCGAAACAAGUUAAAUUUUCACCUUCAUUCAUCUCCCAAACAACAUAUUACAAGCAUUACUCUCGAGCCGCCGAUCUCUCUCAUCGUCAGGCGUUUUAAUUUUAAUUUUUUCGGUAGAAAUCCUUACAAAAAAUGGAGACAGAUGGAGGCCGGAAGCUAAAGAUCGCCGUCAUCCAUCCUGACCUUGGAAUUGGUGGAGCUGAAAGAUUGAUCGUGGAUGCGGCAGUUGAACUUGCGGAACAUGGCCACAGUGUUCAUGUUUUCACAGCCCAUCAUGAAAGAAACCGUUGUUUCGAGGAAACAGUUGCUGGUCCUUUUCCUGUUACUGUAUACGGCGAUUUCUUGCCUCGCCAUAUUUUCUACCGCUUCCAUGCAGUGUGUGCAUAUCUUCGAUGUAUCUUUGUUGCCAUUUGUGUGCUUCUCUUCUGGUCAUCAUUCGACAUUGUAUUGGCAGACCAGGUCUCUGUAAUCGUUCCCCUCAUGAAAUUCAAAAGAUCAACGAAGAUAAUUUUCUACUGUCAUUUUCCGGAUUUGUUACUUGCACAACAUACAACUACUGCCAGGAGGUUGUACCGGAAACCAAUCGACUUGCUCGAAGAGGCAACUACUGGUAUGGCAGAUUUAGUACUUGUUAACAGCGGAUUCACCGCAUCUACAUUUGCAAAGACAUUCUCAUGUCUUCAUUCAAGAGGAGUCAGGCCUGCUAUUCUUUACCCUGCAGUCAACAUGGACCAAUUUGAUGGACCUUGUGCUUAUAAGUUGAAUUUCCUUUCUGUUAAUCGAUUUGAAAGAAAGAAGAAUCUUCAACUGGCAAUUUCGGCAUUUGCAUUGCUCCGUUCCUUGGGGAGUACUCUUCCUGACAAAAGCUUUUCUGAAGCUACCUUGACAAUAGCAGGUGGCUUUGACAAACGUCUGAAGGAAAAUGUCGAGUAUCUAGAGGAACUUAAAGAGUUGGCUGAAACUGAAGGAGUUUCUGAUCGUGUUAGGUUUGUUACAUCCUGCUCAACUGCAGAAAGAAAUGCUCUGCUCUCUGAAUGUCUCUGUGUUUUAUAUACCCCAACGGAUGAACACUUUGGCAUUGUUCCUCUAGAAGCAAUGGCAGCACAAAAACCUGUUAUUGCUUGCAACAGUGGAGGCCCAGUUGAGACGAUUAUACAUGAAACUACAGGAUUUCUCUGUGAUCCAACUCCUCUAGAAUUCUCGAAGCAUAUGGCUAAACUUAUGGCCACUCCUGAAAUGGCUAUAAAGUUGGGUAAAGAGGCACAUCGACAUGUCACUGAGAAAUUCUCUAUCAAGAUAUUCGGUGAACAGCUUAACCGUUAUGUUCUUGACACUUUCCAUCAAAGAAUAGAAUAAGAUACAAGUUGAUACUUUCGAGUUCCCAUUCAAAAUUUCAGAUGAUUCUAAAAUAUAUAACCCUCGGUUUUUUGUUUCUUAAAGGUCUGCGAUCUUGAACAUACUGAAAUUGAUACAUAUCUAAUGAGUAGUGGACAUGCUUUAGUGUAUUUAUCGAAUGUGUACAUACAUUUUCAGGUUAGUGACAUUUAGAGGAACUUGUCGCUUGUUUAGUCGAUUUAUUUGAAUUUAAAACCAAAUUUAGUAA